AUGGAUUUUCAAAAUCGAGUGGGACAUAAAACAGGUAGUGGUAUGCCACUAACCAGAGAAGAUAUAAACCAAGAAAGAAAAGAAAGAUUGAAACAAUUAGCUUUAGAAAAUAUUGAUAUAACUAAAGAUCCUUAUAUAUUGAAAAAUAAUGUUGGUAUGUUUGAAUGUAAAUUAUGCUUAACUUUGCAUAAUAACGAAAGCUCGUAUUUGUGUCAUACCCAAGGAAAAAAACAUCAAAUUAAUUUAGCACAAAGAUUGUUAAAAGAAAAAAAUGAAAUAAUGAUUAAUAAAUCAAGCAAACCACCACCUGAACAAAAAAAAAUUAUAAAAAUUGGAAAACCUGGAUAUGAUGUUACAAAAGUUCGAAAUAAAAAAAAUCAACUUGGAAUAUUAUUUGAAUUAUCUUUUCCAAAUAUAAAAGAAAAUACUAAACCCAAAUUCCGAUUUAUGUCUUCUUUUGAACAAAAAAUUGAACCAGCUGAUAAAAAAUAUCAAUAUCUAUUAUUUGCUGCAGAACCUUAUGAAACAAUUGCUUUUAAAAUACCAAAUCUUGAUAUAGAUGAAAAUGACGAUUUCUACUAUAAAUGGUUUGAAAAAAAAAAAAUUUUUGUUAUGCAAAUCCAUUUUCAAAAACAUCCUGGACAUUUUCCUAUUCGAAAUAACCCUAAUCUUUUACCAGCUCACAUGCAGUGGUAA